AUGACCUCAGUCCAGCUCCUCACCAGACACAGCAGGCGGUCCCAGCCACACAGCCGACACAAUAGCCUCCACAGUGCACACGCUCGCUGCACACACGGGAUCAUGGAGCAAGGACCUUACAAGUACAUCAGGGACGGGAAUGGAAAGGUCAGUCGGGUCAUUCGGAUCGGAACCCGCAAGAGCCAGCUGGCUCGCAUCCAGACCGACAGCGUGGCGGACAAGUUGAAAGAACUGUACCCCGACAUCCAGGUGGAGAUAGUUGGCAUGACAACGACAGGAGACAAAAUCCUCGACACAGCUUUAUCAAAGAUCGGAGAGAAGAGUUUGUUCACCAAAGAGUUGGAGAACGCUCUGGAGAGGAAUGAGGUCGAUCUGGUUGUUCACUCACUCAAAGACCUUCCCACCACGCUGCCCUCAGGAUUCACCAUCGGGGCCGUGCUCAAGAGAGAAAGCCCCCAUGAUGCAGUGGUGUUACACCCCAAACAUGUCGGGAAAACUCUUGAUACUCUGCCAGAAAACAGUGUGAUCGGCACCAGUUCACUGCGCCGCGCCGCUCAGCUGAAGAAGAGAUUUCCCCACCUUCAAUUCAAAGAUAUCCGUGGGAACCUGAACACACGUCUGAAGAAGCUGGAUGAGAAGGACGACUAUGCUGCCAUCAUCCUGGCUGCUGCCGGCCUCAGGAGAAUGGGCUGGGACAACCGGAUCAGCCAGAUCCUGGAGCCUGAAGACUGUAUGUACGCUGUCGGACAGGGGGCUCUGGCGGUGGAGGUUCGAGCCAGAGAUACUGACAUCCUGGAGAUGGUGUCUGUCCUCCAUCACCCAGACACUGUGCUGCGCUGCAUAGCUGAGAGAGCCUUCCUCAAACGCCUGGAGGGUGGGUGCAGUGUUCCAGUAGCUGUACACACAGAAGUGAAGGACUCCGAGCUUUACCUGACGGGGGCAGUCUACAGCCUGGAUGGAUCAGACAGUCUGAAGGACACCAUGCAGACUAGCGUUUCUGUUGCUGCUUCCGACAAGAGCGUAGAGGAAGUAGACGAACAGGUCCAGCGAGUGGGAGUCACAGCCAGCAAGAUCUCGGGUGAAGCCCUAGACGGGGCUGAGCGGCUGGGGGUCAACCUGGCCAACCUACUGCUGAGCAAAGGAGCCAAGGAGAUCUUGACGGUGGCGAGGCAACUUAAUGACGCCAGUUAAUCCCGCCCAGCUGAGGGUCAAGGCUCCGGAGGUGACCGGGUCCUCGAGUGCAGUCAGUCACAGCCUUGUGUCAAGUAAAAACUUGAAUUCCUUUUUUAUGUUACACAUUUGAUGUUUUGAAAGUGAAAGAACGGCGACUCUGUUGCACCAGGUGAGCUCAGCCAAUGGCAAAUAAAUUAUUGAGGGUUUUCAACACUACUUGGACCAAAGUUGUGCUCAGUGUUACAAUGCUGCUGUCAUUAAAAGCUUGUUCAGAGUCUGUAGCACUCUUGGUCUUGGUUCCAGCCUGCUCUUACAUAUAGUACCUCAUGGAACCAUCUCCUGAGCCAUACGGGAUUAUCAGUGACAAACACACAAUGGCCUUCAAACAUUUACGUCAGUUACACCACCAUCACUGGCUUUUUUUGUUUUUUAUAAGUAUACUGGUACAGUAUCAGUGUCGCUAUAUUAAAAGGGAGGCCACUAAAACUAAACAUUCUCAAAUAUUUGACCCCAUAACCAAGAAUGGUUCAUCAGCGUCCAUUGUUCCCCAAAAGAGACGUAACCCAGAGUUCUUCUCUAAGCUCUUAGACGCACUCUCAUUUCAAGAAGCUGACUUCUGAUGGCACCAAAGAUGGGUUUUCGAACAUGUGUGCACAUUUUGCUGUUCGGAGCAGGCUGCACUGCACUGAAGUGGGUUUCAUUUAGGUUUGAGAGUUGAGAAAUGUAAAUAUAAAUGUAAAUUCAGUCCUUAAUUCAUCAGCUCUGUGGCCACAAGUCAGGAGACCUUAUACACGGAUGUAAUGAAGGAUGUUUUUUCAUGUUGGCCUCCCGAUAAAUACAGUAACCUUUUUCGCGUAGCUUCUAGAGAUGUUCUGAUACCAUUACUGAUUGCGAUACCUGAACUUGAUUAUCGGCCAAUACCAAUUACCUAUCUGAUACCAUUUCCUUUUUACCAGCAUAACCUGCUGGUGAAGAAGAACUGAUUUCUGGAAAACUGCUGUUAUCUGCAGGUGUGAAACUACUUUUUAGUUUAGUGAUAGAAGAUGUGGUAUCAGAUCUGUGCUUGGAAUAGCAUGCUCACAAUAUCACAUGCCUUUCUGACACUGGUAUUGGAACAACUCUAAUAGCUUUGCUCCUUCAUUCAGCUCAUUUUCAGCUGAGGAGGUUCACUGCUUUUAAGAGUAUACUAGCUACCUAUUUUACAGAGAGAGAAUAUAUUUAAUAUACAUAAUGAGAAGCUGGAGGGCGCAUUUGGUUUUAUCCCACCUGUGGCACAGCUAGUGAUGCUUAGUUUGUGCAGCUGCGUCCCACUACAUGAACGCUGAAGCAAUCCCUGCAUCUGUUUUCAGUUUCCUGCUCUGAUUUUAAAAGUGUCCUGGGCUGCUAUUUAGCAACAGUUUGAGCUGUUUAUGCUUUGCUGAUAUUGUGUCUCAGAUGCAAUAUCGACCCAUAAGCAUUAACUGUGAGCUGAUCAUUUCAGGGUUCCCACGGUCAUGGAAAACCUGAGUCAGGUAUUAGUAAAUAUUAAAAGUUUUGGAAAACUCAUGAAAUUUUGAUGUUUGUAAUAAAAGUAAUUGUUACGUUAAUCUAAACGUAAUAGCAAAUUUAUUUUCUGUAAGCUAGCUGUUGACAUAAUGUAGCUUUAAUAUGCGUCAGUUUAUAUACAGAUAUAUCGUUCUAGCAUCAACACUGUGAUGGGCAAUUGUCGCAUCAAAACGUGCAACGUCAAGUAAGGCAAAUUACCUCAAACAACUGAUCUGAUGCUUGAUACAAAUGGAAAACUUGCACGGUUCUCAUUUUUCUUGACUUAUACUGACCAAGCCUUCUGCUUUUAGACGUUGCGUGUAUAUGUGACGUAGUGUGGUGGUGUUUGUUAUGGGAAGUGAGACUCUCCUGCAUUUGUGUGUGUAGAACAGUAUCGUAACCAGGCUGGCAAGCGCAGCAGACACAGUGAAGUGCAUGCUUUCCCCCAAACUUUUAUUAUGGGUCCUUGAGGAGUCAUGGAAAAGUUUUGAUGUUUUGUCCAUGAAAAUGUGUGGGAACCCUGUUAUUUUUAAAUAUGGUGUAAACGCCACAGUUGUGGAUAGUAGUAGUAUAGCCGACUGUAUAAAAGGUAAAGGGCACAGCAGUGAACUCAGUCAUACCCCUUUUCCACCAAAGUAGCUCUGGUUCUUGAACCGGUUCUGUUCAGGACUGUUGGAACCUUGUUGCUCUCUCGCGAACCACGCCAUGUUUCCACCAGUGUCGAUCAGAACCAUUGUAAUCAAGGAUGCGUCGUUAACAGAGGUCGCUUCACAAUGCACAAGUAAAGUAAACAAUAGUAGCAAGAUCGGUCGCCUUGAUUACCUGCGAACGUUUGUCCUGUUAUUUGUUUUUAUCUAAAAACAAGCACGGACCAACUGUUAAGACCACAGCAUGUUUCUCUUCCCUGAUGAUUUCUUAAUUAACAUGUUACGAACCAAUUAAUUUUUUGUAAAAAUGCUCCAAACGGUUCGAACUUAGGUGCAGGAACCAGAAUAGAGCCCGUUCCAUGUUGGUGGAAAAGGGGUACCAUUGGCUUUCAUGAACUGGGGUUAAUCACUGUUGUGUUAGAGAUGUAAAGUAGCUCAAUAAAUCGUAUUUGACUGAAAGUAUCACAGGUUAUUUCUUUGUUUCACAGCUGUAUACUCUGACUCACAACUUGAAUAAUGGCCAUUAUGGACUCGUUCUUGUAUGUUGUGGUGUAGAUCUACAGAAGCACCACUGCAUUCAACAAACAAAAAAACUUAGCCGUAUCUCUUGAUUUUAAGAUAGUUUUCUUGUAAUUGCAACACAAAGAUCAUGUCAUCAUGAGGCAGUAUUCUUGUAAUCAUGACUUGGCAUCAUAAUUAUAAUUAUCUCCUAAUAAUGACACCUUUAUCUCGUGUAUGAGAUGUGCAUCUUGUACUUAUCGUAUAUUUCUUAUUUCUGAGAUAAUAAUUAUUAGACCUUUCCUUGUAAUUAUGAGAUAAUUAUUUCAUAAUUUUGAGAGAUGCUCAUUCACAAUUAAGAGAUACAUAAGUCAUAAGUACGAGAAUAUGCUUUGGUGAGUGCAGUGCAUGUCUGUAGGGUACAUCCACAAUAUAUAUCAAAUUAACUAAGACAAGAAUGAAAAACAUUUUUGCUGUAAUGUUUUCAUGCCAGAUGCUGUACUCCACAUAUCAGAACUGAAAUGUUUCCAGAAGCAAUAUAUUUUCAAACUUGUCAACUUUGAUGACUUGCCUAAUGAAAUAAACAUGUAUUCAAUGCCACAGUUUGUCUUGUUAGUUUUAUCAAAGUGCCAUCUCAGUAAAUGUAUUAUUUCUGCAUAUCUGCCUUACAUCAAACUUCGAACAACGCCUUCAUUCUUUCUUUAUUCAGUGUCAGUACACCGACUGUACAGUUAAUUUGAUGCCAUAUUGUAUUUCUUUUAUUUUAUGGAUCUUUAUUGUAUAUUAUCCUUAAUUUAAACCUCCUGAGAGAGACUAUGAGGCAUAUUUGUUUUGGCUUUAAUUUCUGUAUGAAUUAAUGUAGAGUGUUCCUGUAUUUAGAUCACAGUACUCAUUGUUGCAUCAAUCCGUUAUGACGACAUGUUUACAUGGUAUCUCUAAGUGUCUUUGUUUUGCCACUUAUUCCAACACAAUGUCAAAUAAAACUACUGAUGUCAAUAAACAAAUGUCAAUAAAG